AUGAGGUGGGGUUUAGACUUUAUUGGGGUGAUAAACCCUUCAUCUAGUGCAAGACAUAAGUGGAUACUUAUAGCCACUGACUACUUCACCAAAUGGACUGGGGCAGUGGCACUCAAAGAGGCAAAUGAGACUGCUAUUCUAAAUUUUUAUGAGGAUCUGAUUGUCAGAUUUGGGGUUCCUGAGUCCAUCAUUUCAGACAAUGGCCUCACUUUUGUUGGUCUUAAAAUAUUUGAUUGGACUAUCAAGAAAGGGAUCUACCUAAAUACAUCCUCCAAUUACUAUCCGCAAGGCAAUGGCCAAGCAGAUUCAACCAAUAAAAAAUUGGUCAGGAUCAUAAAGAAGACCAUGGAAGGUAACCAACGGAUCUGGCAUACUCAGUUAAAGUCAACCUUAUGGGUUGAUAGGAUCACCCCGAAAAGGUCCAUGGGACACUCACCUUUUAUUCUGGUGUAUGGUAGGGAAGCAAGGCUUCCUAUCUCAUUCAAACUUCCAGCACUUGACUUGGCAAAUCAGCUGGAUACACUGGAGGGAGACCCUCUAACAAUGAGAUUAGCUCAGUUAUUUAAGCUAGAAAAGACUAGAAAUGAUUCUAUGAAAAAGAUAGAGCAGCAUCAGGCUCAAAUGAAAUGA